AUAAUUUCCACAGAAAACCUCACAGUUAUUAUCACAAAGCAUAUGCUUACUGACAGAGUCAUCUAAAUCUAUUUUAGUUUUUAUGUCACUAAUUACUGACAUGAUAACUAAUGGAACCAGCAUACUAGUAGUUUAAUGUUUCCUGAAUGUCAAGAAAAGUAACAUCCAAGGUCAAACACCUGUAUCUAGUAAUGUAACUAUUCUACCCAACUUUGUCAGAUUACAUUCUGAUUGAGGGUAAAUGGAAGAGAUUAUUACAUGUAACAAACCAUUUGCCUUCUUUGAUUGGAUGCCAGAACAAUGUCAUAAACAUAUUUACAACUUUUGAUUGUUUGUGAGGAAGAAGUAUGAAAGUUUUUUGUCUUUUGAUACUGCUGUGUUGUGACCUUGCUGCCACCUCAGUUGUCCACACAACACUCAAUCAAAACAAUGAUACCAAGUCUAAUGGUCACAUGGUUUACGAUCCUCAUAAUCAAACUUCGGACAACAGGAGUCACAAGCAUGGAAACAAAACAGGACACAAGGACUCGCAUGCAGGACAUGGGGCUGGACAUGGAAUACAUCUAUUCAGUAUAAAUUACGCCCAUGUGGCACAGCCAUUAUUGAUAACUGUCUUCCUGUUUGCUGCAGGAAUAUCUAAGUUAGGUUUUCACCAUGCUGAUUUUCUGUCAUCAAGGGUACCAGAAUCAUGUUUAUUGAUAAUUCUUGGAAUUAUUGUUGGUGCAAUUUUAAGGAAUUUUACCAAUGCUGAUGAUAUGCCAGGGAUGAGUUCAGAGUUAUUUUUUCUGUAUCUCCUACCACCGAUAAUUUUAGAAUCAGCGUGGAGUUUACAUGACAGAACGUUCUUUGACAAUGUUGGGACUGUCCUUAUCUAUGCUGUUAUAGGAACUGUGCUAAAUUGUUUCCUUAUAGGUCCAACUUUAUAUGGCUUGGCUAGUAGUGGAGCAAUGGGUGAUACUAACAUACAAAUGAUUGAGUGCCUUGUAUUUAGUUCCAUAAUAGUUGCUGUAGAUCCAGUGGCUGUUCUUGCCAUUUUCCAAGAGAUUGGAGUUAAUAAUGUGCUGUAUUUUCUGGUGUUUGGGGAAUCUUUAUUAAACGAUGCUGUGACUGUAGUCAUAUACAACACAAUGAAAACAUUUAAUCUGAUGGAACCAGAAAUUCCUGUUUCUGAGGUAUUUUUAGGCAUCGUAAGUUUCUUUGUUGUAAGUUUUGGCGGUAUUGCUAUUGGUGUAUUGUUUGGUAUGAUAACAGCAGUAAUCACCAAAUAUACAGAGCAUGUGAGAGUGAUAGAACCAUUAUCAGUAUUUGUGUUGGCCUACAUGUCAUAUCUCAUGGCUGAACUCUUUCAUUUCUCAGGAAUUAUAAGCCUUAUAGCAUGUGGACUAACACAGGCACAGUAUGCAUUCCACAAUAUAUCUACAAAGUCUCAUACAACUGUUAAAUACUUCAGUAAAAUGCAAAGUUCCAUCAGUGAUUGUAUAAUAUUUGUAUUCCUGGGUAUAGCUCUGUUUAAGAACGGAAUGUUUGAACUUAAAAACUGGAAUCCAUGGUUUAUUAUAUGGACGCUUGUCCUCUGUUUACUGUAUAGAUUUUUAGUUGUAUUAUUAUUGACUUUCUUUGUAAACAAGUCCAACAGAGUCCGAAGAAUUGGUUUUGAUGAACAAUUUAUCAUGGCUUAUGGUGGACUAAGAGGUGCUGUAGCUUUUUCUUUAAUGGAUCUACUGAAAGCAGAGAAUUUACCCAAAGAAAUGUUUACUACAACGUUAAUGGUUCUUAUUUUCUUUACAGUGUUUGUACAGGGUAUAACUAUAAAGCCUUUGGUGAAACUACUGAGAGUCAAACUUCAGAGUACAGAUAAAGUUACCAUUGGUGAAGAAAUUAAUUCACAUGUCACAGAUCAUGUGAUGGCUGGUAUAGAAGAAGUGUUAGGUAGAAGAGGAGAACAUCAUUUUAGGGAAAUUCUGGAAUUUUACAAUAGUAAAUACCUAAAGAAUUGGUUACAGAGAAACCCAACAUCAACAGAUGAGCAUAUUAUGUCAUUAUAUGAAAAAAUAGCUCUACAACAACACUUUGAGAGUUUAGCAGGAAGUAAAAUGGUACAAGAAAAGUAUGUAAGUGAGGACAACUUACCUCUUAUUCCAGAGGAGAUUACAAAUCAAAUAAUUCAAGAAGAGAAGGAGGAUGAGGAUGAGACAGGAGAAGAAGACGAAGGAAGUGAAGGAUAUAUAGUGCUGCCACCUAUCACAGUUAGAUCACCUUCUAUUGUGCCUCCUUUACCAAUGCCACCACCAGAUUUCUCACCACCAUCACCCAUGCCAUCGCCUGGUGUUUUACCCAUGAUGCAACCAGAAAUGUUUGAUGACUGGAUUGAUAGGAAGUUAGCAGAACAAAGAGAUGAAGAUAGAAAAAAUGUCGAGAAGACAGGUAGAAGAAAAUCAUUAUUUCCGCAGUUCAGAAAGAAAGAACAUCCAAAAGAUAUGGAACCUACAGCCAAAGAUGUCCGUAAAUUAAUGGCUCCUUCCAGGAGAGAUAUGGUGCAUAAGAAGUUAGAUAAGAAUUUGAAGAAUGAUAGCAGUGCAGACUUGCUGAAAUAUCUUCAGGAAAAACAACUUCGCACACGGAGAAUGUCUCGUGCAGUGUUAGGUGGAGGAACUUCAACACCUUUGGGAUCACAAACAAAUCUUUCUUUCCAACCAAGAAGGGUUAGUAUUACAGCUGCAAAUGCAGCAGCUCAAAAUUACAAACGUAGAUUAAGUUUGGCUGUCCCUGAACGUCCAGCAUUUCAUAGAGAUCGUAGUCCUUCAGAUUUUACUGGUGUCAAGCCAGAUCAAAACUUAUUUAGAGCCUAUGGUGAUGCAUCUAAAAACCAAGAUACAGCAUCUCCAAGAAGGAGAAGAAAGGAUUUUAAAAAAGCUAAUACACUUAAUUUUGAACCAGAAGUAACACCUCUGCUCAACCAGAAUGCUAGCAAAUCUCCGUCCAAAAGAUCAGGAGCAUCAGGGAGAAGUCUUGACGCUUUACAGGAACAUGAAGGAGAGGAUAGUGAAGAAUUAGAUACAUCCAAAAGUUCAGCCUCUUCUGAUUCAGCGGCAAAGAAAAGACGAUUUAGAUUAAGAAAGUCAAAAACAUUGAGUGAAGAAGAUAGAGAGGAUUCCUCCCAUGUUAAACGAUCUCAAACAGACCCAUCUUCAGAGACAAAAAGUCCAACAAAAGUCAAAUUUGAUGUUAAAUCAGAAGUUAUAUCUAAAAAACGAAAGAAAAAACCUAUGCACAAAUCUAAAUCUGUUGAUCAGUCCCGUAGCUCAGGAGAAUUCUCCGAUAUUUCAGGAGCUGAUUCUCAUAGUUCAAUAAAGUCUGAUUCUGAUUCAAGACCUGCUGAAUUAAGAUCUGUAAAGUCUGAACCUGAGGAAAGGAUUGCAGAUCGAAAUGGUCUGACAGCAGAUGAGGAGCAUGCUGGCAGAAAAGCCUCAUAUACACAAGCAAUGUCAAAUAAAAUUCCAGACGAUGAAGCAGUUGAAUUAAAAGAUUUGAAAGAUGAUAAAAAACUUAAAAAGCAAAAAAGCCUUUGAUGUUGUUCAAAAAAUUUAGGAAUCUCAUUUUGUGGGAAAAUAAUCUCCUUUCUGAUUCUGUGUUAUUUUCAAUUCAUUUUAUUAUUGUCUUGUGUUUUGAAUUUCAUAUCUGAGAAAAUAAGAUUGGAAUAUUUUAUCUCAUGCCUGUGAUAUUUUAAAUGAUUCCAUGUAUUUUUUCUUUAAAAUUUUAAUAAUUUACAUAUUUGAUUAGCACAGAAUGUAUUAAGCAUAAUUUAUAUUUAAAAGAAUCUCAAAAUCAUUUAUUUAAUCAAGCAUGAUAGAUAAGUCUGUCAUGAAAUAUUGUCAUCAGUUUAUACUUUCUAUCAGAUCUUUACUACGACACAAACAAAAUUUCUAUGUGUAUAAUUUGUAAUAAUUUGUACUUAAAAAAGUUGUGUGAGUUGAUAAAGAAAGCGAAAUUCUGUAAAUAAUGGGGAAAAAGUUUUUUGACAGUGAAUAUGAGUUUUUAUGAUUAGCAUAUCAGUUGACACUUUAAAACAUUUGUUUAUGAGAAAUGUUUUGUUAAAUGUGGUCUUGUCUUAACAAUUUGCAAAAUUACACAGACCUGUACUAAAUUUCACUAUUAUUUCUAUUUUAUUCAGGUAACCUUAUUGUUUCGUGAAUGUUGAACUAUAUUCAGUUUUUUAUUAAUUUGAAACCAUGUGUUCUCUAUGAGUUAUUGAAAGUGAGUAUUAAAAAUACAUAUUGGAAAGGUGGCCAGGUUAAUUGAUUAAAAAAAACUUUUUUAAAAUAGACAUUGUACUCAGAGGAAAAUAUGGAAUUUUAUUUGUACUUAAAAUAGGAAAUAAGAGAAAUGUCAGUAAGCCUUGCUUUUGUCUCUGUUUUUAAACAUCAUACAAAUGUAUUUUAUGUUUUUCAAACAUAAUACUAAUAUUGUAUCUGUUUAAAUAAGUUAAAGAAUACUGGGUUUGCAUUAUAAGUAUUAUGCCAUAUUUAGCCAACUUAUAAGAUUGGUAUAAAAUGCAGGGUGGCAAUAAAAAGUGCAGGUUUUUUCCAAGAUUUUUAUUUUUAUCCUGAAAAUUUGAUGAAAAAAUAAAUAUAAACUGUUUAAAUGUCAUGAGCCAAGGCUCCAUGUUGAAGGCUGUAGUUUGCCAUAUAAUGGUUUACUCUUUUACAAAUUGUGACUUGGAAUAAGAGUUGGCUCAUUGGUACUCAUACCCAUCUUCUUAUAUCUAUGAAUUUAAAAAUGUUUGAACAUAAUUGUGUAUUGAAUUAUACUGCACAGACACAUAUUUAAAGAUUAGAACAAUAUAAACUUGUUACUUUUAUUUAUUGUUAUAGUUGUAAGAGCUACCAUUUCUUAUUGUAUGUUAUUAUAUAGACACAAAAAGUGCUCUCAGGAAAUAUAAUAUUUUUAAAUAUGAUAAUCCUUUACAUACCUUUUAUCAACAAUUGAAUAGUUCUAUCAAUUUCAUGAUUUCUUUCUUAUGGUGUCUCUGCUUAGAAGGGAAUUAUUAAACUAAUGGUUUAAAAAGGUAAAGUUGAAGUUAUUCAACAUUUCAAAUGUAUUACAGACCCUUGUAUGAUUUGGUAUACCAGUAUUGAAUACGACUUUUUUUGACACACAUAGAUAAUCCUUUUGUCAACACUGUCAAAAUACAUAAUUUCAGAGGUAACACUGUAAUAAUUAACAUACAUGGUCCCAGAGUUUAGAAUAACCAUUUUCUUGGUACAUAGUCCUUGGAAUUACACUAAUAUAUAUCAUACAAAGUCCUUAAAACUACACUUAUAGUUUACAUAGUCCGAGAGUUUACACAUUUUACAAACAUAGUCCUAGAAAUUGAUACAUUAUAAUAUUUAAGAUAGAUAGUCCCAGAGUUUACAUUUUUAACAUACAUAGUCCUAGAAAUUACAUUGUUAUAUUCAAAGUACAUAGUCCCAGAGUUUACACUUUUAACUUUCUUAGCUUUAGAUAUUACACUGUUAUAGAUUACUUUCCUUAUCCCAGAGUUUACAAUUUUUACAUACAUUGUCACAGAAGUUACACUAAUACAUGUUCUUUAGAGUUUAGGUAUUAACAUUUUUAGUCUUAGAAAUUACAUUGUCAUUUUUAACAUACUUUGUCCCAGAAAUAACACUUAAUAUUUAACAUACUAGUACAUGGUCCCAGAGUUUACCUUAUUAACAUUUAUAGUCUUAGAAAUUACAUUGUAAUAUUUAACUUAUUCUGUCUCACAAAUUACACUUAAUAUUUGACAUACAUAUUCCCAGAGCUUUUUUUACCAUACACAGUUCCAGAAUUACACUGGAAUUUUUAACAUACACAGGCUUAUUUAAAACAUUCUUAUUCUAAGAAAUGACACUGUAAUAUUUAACAUACUUUGUCCCAGAGUUUAGGUAUAAACAUUUUUAGUCUUAGAAAUUAUAUUGUAAUUUUUAACAUACUUUGUCCCAAAAAUAACAUUUAAUAUUUAACAUACUAGUACAUAGUCCCAAAGUUUACCUUAUAUAACUUACUCUGUCACAGAAAUUACACUUAAUAUUUGACAAACAUACAUUGUAUUCCCAGAGCUUCUUUUACCAUACACAUUUCCAGAAAUUACGCUGAAAUUUAUAACAUACAUAGUAGCAGAGGAAACACUUUUUACAUAAAUAUAUCUAGUAAUUAAGCCACAUAUAUCUUACUUAGUUCCAUGUUUCUAGGUUGUUGAUUGUACACUGCUGUAUAUGCAUUAUUGCUGAGUUGACACUUUAUUUAGUAUGCUUCCUUCUAGAUAGUACACCGUUUUUAUUGUGCAUACUCAUAGGUAAAACUAUUUAAAGCUCAUGUUUGUAAAGGUUUUGAUUGUUAAUGACUGUAUUUUUCUUCAACAAACAUAUUUCAGUGUGUUAUAUUUUUUUACUUCUUUUAUCAUUAGUGUUUUGUCUUUGGUGUAAACAGAAAUUGGUUAUAUCACUAAAGAAAAAGAAUAACCAUCAUGUCCCAUGGUAGAACAUGCAUGUUUUCUUUGAAAUGAAAGUAUGCCCUUUUUUAUUUGUUGCAGAUCUAUGGAUAUUAACAAUAAAAGAAAUAUGUGAAUUUGAAAACGAAAUGAUAAAAAUAACCUUAAUUAUUGAACUUUAAAUUACAAUUUAAUUUGUGUUUUUAGGAGAAAAAUGGUUACAUGAAAUGUUCAAAGAAAAACAGUUGGUGCUUAUUUUUUGGCAUUUGAACAUUGAAAGUUUGUUCAGUGCUCAAAACAUUUUAUCUUGUUUUGAUAUGUAUUUUAUGUCUGUUUUUAAACUGUUAAUGAAUAUUUUUUGACAAUAUGUUAUGACUCAUUCCAUAAAAUACUUGCCAAUUUUGUUGCAUCAAUUGUAAUUGUUUAUUGCAUAGAGAAGUAGUGGUCUCAUCAGAAAGUCUGUAUUUAAGGAACAUAUAACCUCUGAAUUAUGCAACCAUGUUGAACUUUCCUGUCUUUUAUAAAAAAAAAACACUGCAUAAUCAGAUUGUUAAUCAAAGUUUCAAGAUUUUUAACAUUCAGUUGAAUCUUUAUACAUUCACUCGUCCCAGUCCUGGUAUGUGAAAUAUAUCCUGUGGACUAUACAGUCAACAAAACUUGUAAGACAAAUACCAUCUAAGCCACCAACAAAUAUGAUUCUUGGAUAACCUUGUAGUUAUUAGCAAGUAGUAUUAUAUAGUUAAGAAAUAUAGAUUUCAGAUCAAAAUAAUAUAUUCAGAACAAUGAUUUGUAAUGAGUUAAUGUUUAUUUUUAAAGUGAUAUUUUGAAUGUGUUAUGUCAAAGUAAGUUUUGUGAUAUAUUCUAUGUAUACAUCAGUGAAAGUGAGAAUUUUAUGUGAUAUAUUCUAUGUCUACAACAGCAUUGAUUUGGAUUGUUUUACUAUGUGAUAAAAGAGAUUAUACAU